CGGCGGUCUGUGGGGAGCGGGAGGGAGGGGAGGAGACGCAGCCGGAGCGGAGAGAGACCGGAGAGGAGCCGAGCGCGCUCCGCCUCGGGCGCCCUGCCUCCAUCCGCGCCGGUUGGAGCCAGGUGCCUUCCAGCCCGCAAGGGCGCCGCGCACCAGCCAGCGGUCUCUUGGGCGGCUUUGCCCCGGGACUGCACCUGGAAGCCGCCCCGGGCGGGCAUGGUCAGCGGCUGCCGCCGUCUGGCACGCCAGAGGGACGCGUGAGGGCACCAUGGCGCUGACGCCCCGGAGCGGGUCCUCGGCAGGGCUCGUCCGUCCGGAGCUCUGGCUGCUGCUGUGGGCAGUCGCGUGGCGCCUGGGUGCCAGGGCGUGCCCCGCCCUCUGCACCUGCACGGGCACCACGGUGGAUUGUCACGGCACGGGGCUGCAGGCCAUCCCCAAGAACAUCCCACGGAACACCGAGCGCCUGGAACUCAAUGGCAACAACAUCACCCGGAUCCAUAAGAACGACUUUGCAGGGCUCAAGCAGCUGCGGGUGCUGCAGCUGAUGGAGAACCAGAUUGGAGUGGUGGAACGGGGGGCUUUGGACGACAUGAAGGAGCUGGAGCGGCUACGACUGAACCGGAACCAGCUGCACAUGCUACCAGAACUGCUGUUCCAGCAUAACCAGGCUCUGUCCAGGCUGGACCUGAGUGAGAACGCCAUCCAGGCUAUCCCCAGGAAGGCUUUCCGAGGAGCCACAGACCUCAAAAACUUACAGCUGGACAAGAACCAGAUCAGCUGCAUCGAGGAAGGCGCCUUCCGGGCUCUUCGGGGGCUGGAGGUGCUGACCCUGAACAACAACAACAUCACCGCCAUCCCCGUGUCCAGCUUCAACCACAUGCCCAAGCUGCGGACCUUCCGCCUGCACUCCAACCACCUGUUCUGCGACUGCCACCUGGCCUGGCUCUCGCAAUGGCUGAGGCAGCGGCCAACCAUCGGGCUCUUCACCCAGUGCUCAGGCCCCGCCGGCCUGCGUGGCCUCAACGUGGCCGAGGUCCAGAAGAGCGAGUUCAGCUGCUCAGGCCAGGGGGAGGCAGGGCACGUGCCCUCUUGCACCCUCUCCUCCGGCUCCUGCCCGGCCAUGUGCUCCUGCAGCAACGGCAUUGUGGACUGCCGUGGCAAAGGCCUCACCGCCAUCCCUGCCAACCUGCCCGAGACCAUGACGGAGAUCCGCCUGGAGCUCAACGGAAUCAAGUCCAUUCCCCCGGGAGCCUUCUCUCCCUACAGAAAGCUGCGGAGGAUAGACCUGAGCAACAACCAGAUCGCAGAGAUCGCGCCUGAUGCCUUCCAGGGCCUACGCUCCCUGAACUCACUGGUCCUCUAUGGGAACAAGAUCACAGACCUCCCCCGGGGUGUGUUUGGCGGCCUGUACAACCUGCAGCUCCUGCUCCUGAACGCCAACAAGAUCAACUGCAUCCGGCCGGACGCCUUCCAGGACCUGCAGAACCUCUCGCUUCUCUCCCUGUAUGACAACAAGAUCCAGAGCCUCGCCAAGGGCACCUUCACCUCCCUGCGGGCCAUCCAGACCCUGCAUCUGGCCCAGAACCCUUUCAUCUGUGACUGUAACCUCAAGUGGCUGGCGGACUUCCUGCGUACCAACCCCAUCGAGACUAGCGGGGCCCGCUGCGCCAGCCCCGGCCGCCUGGCCAACAAGCGCAUCGGGCAGAUCAAGAGCAAGAAGUUCCGGUGCUCAGCCAAAGAGCAGUACUUCAUUCCAGGCACGGAGGAUUAUCAGCUGAACAGCGAGUGCAACAGCGACGUGGUCUGUCCCCACAAGUGCCGCUGUGAGGCCGGCGUGGCCGAGUGCUCCAGCCUGAGGCUCACCAAGAUCCCCGAGCGCAUCCCCCAGUCCACCGCCGAGCUGCGAUUAAACAACAAUGAGAUCUCCAUCCUGGAGGCCACUGGCAUGUUUAAAAAACUCACCCACCUGAAGAAAAUCAAUCUGAGCAACAACAAGGUAUCAGAAAUCGAAGACGGGGCCUUCGAGGGCGCUGCCUCUGUGAGCGAGCUGCACCUGACCGCCAACCAGCUGGAGUCCAUCCGGAGUGGCAUGUUCCGCGGCCUGGACGGCCUGAGGACCUUGAUGCUGAGGAACAAUCGCAUCAGCUGCAUCCACAACGACAGCUUCACGGGCCUGCGCAACGUCCGCCUCCUCUCGCUUUACGACAACCAGAUCGCCACCAUCUCCCCCGGAGCCUUCGACACCCUGCAGGCCCUCUCCACGCUAAACCUCCUGGCCAAUCCUUUCAACUGCAACUGCCGGCUGGCCUGGCUGGGCGACUGGCUGCGGAAGCGGAAGAUCGUGACCGGGAACCCGAGGUGCCAGAACCCAGACUUCCUGCGGCAGAUUCCCCUGCAGGACGUGGCCUUCCCUGACUUCAGGUGUGAGGAAGGCCAGGAGGAGGGGAGCUGCCUGCCCCGCCCACAGUGCCCCCAGGAAUGCGCCUGCCUGGACACCGUGGUCCGAUGCAGCAACAAGCACCUCCAGGGCCUGCCCAAGGGCAUCCCCAAGAACGUCACAGAACUCUACUUGGACGGGAACCAGUUCACGCUGGUUCCGGGACAGCUGUCCACCUACAAGUACCUGCAGCUUGUGGACCUAAGUAACAACAAGAUCAGCUCCUUAAGCAACUCCUCCUUCACCAACAUGAGCCAGCUGACCACUCUGAUCCUCAGCUACAACGCCCUCCAGUGCAUCCCUCCGCUGGCCUUCCAGGGGCUGCGCUCCCUGCGUCUGCUGUCCCUGCAUGGCAAUGACAUCUCCACCCUCCCAGAGGGCAUCUUCGCAGAUGUGACCGCCCUGUCCCACCUGGCCAUUGGUGCCAACCCCCUGCACUGUGACUGCCACCUCCGCUGGCUGUCCAGCUGGGUGAAGACAGGCUACAAGGAACCAGGCAUUGCCCGCUGCGCUGGGCCCCCAGACAUGGAGGGCAAGCUGCUCCUCACCACUCCUGCCAAGAAGUUUGAAUGCCAAGGUCCCCCCACUCUGGCUGUCCAGGCCAAGUGUGAUCCCUGCUUGUCCAGCCCGUGCCAGAACCAGGGCAGCUGCCAUAACGACCCCCUUCAAGGGUACAGGUGUGCCUGCUCCAGCGGCUAUAAGGGCCGAGACUGUGAGGUGCCCCUGGACAGCUGUGCCAGUGGCCCCUGUGAGAACGGCGGGACCUGCCAGGAACAGGAGGGCGAGGAUGCUGGCUUCACGUGCUCCUGUCCGACUGGCUUUGAAGGACCGACCUGUGGGGUGAACACAGACGACUGUGUGGAGCACGCAUGUGCCAAUGGAGGCGUCUGUGUGGACGGCGUGGGCAGCUACACUUGCCAGUGCCCCCUGCAGUAUGCGGGAAGGGCCUGUGAGCAGCUGGUGGACUUCUGCUCCCCGGACUUGAACCCUUGUCAGCACGAGGCCCAGUGUGUGGGCACCCCGGAUGGGCCUAGGUGUGAGUGUGCACCAGGUUACUCGGGCGACAACUGCAGCGAGAACCAGGAUGACUGCAGGGACCACCGCUGCCAGAACGGGGCCCAGUGCAUAGACGAUGUGAACAGCUACUCCUGCCUCUGUGCCGAGGGCUACAGUGGGCAGCUCUGUGAGACCCCGCCCCGCCCAGCCGCCCCCAGGAGCCCCUGCGAGGGGGCUGAGUGCCAGAACGGGGCCCACUGCGUGGACCAGGGCAGCCGGCCCGUGUGCCAGUGCCUCCCGGGCUUCGGCGGCCCCGAGUGUGAGAAGCUGCUCAGUGUCAACUUUGUGGACCGGGACACGUACCUGCAGUUCACGGACCUGCAGAACUGGCCGCGGGCCAACAUCACCCUGCAGGUCUCCACGGCAGAGGACAACGGGAUCCUGCUGUACAACGGGGACAAUGACCACAUCGCCGUGGAGCUGUACCAGGGCCAUGUGCGUGUCAGCUACGACCCUGGCAGCUACCCCAGCUCCGCCAUCUACAGUGCUGAGACGAUCAACGACGGGCAGUUCCACACUGUGGAGCUGGUCACCUUCGACCAGAUGGUGAAUCUCUCCAUCGAUGGCGGCAGUCCCAUGACCAUGGACAACUUCGGCAAGCACUACACACUGAACAGCGAGGCCCCCCUCUACGUGGGAGGGAUGCCGGUGGACGUGAACUCGGCCGCCUUCCGCCUGUGGCAGAUCCUCAACGGCACCAGCUUCCACGGGUGCAUCCGAAACCUGUACAUCAACAACGAGCUGCAAGACUUCACCAAGACACGGAUGAAGCCGGGCGUGGUGCCGGGCUGCGAGCCCUGCCGGAAGCUCUUCUGCUUGCACGGCAUCUGCCAGCCCAACGCCACCCCCGGGCCUGUGUGCCAUUGCGAGGCCGGCUGGGGAGGCCUGCACUGCGACCAGCCAGCUGACGGCCCCUGUCACAGCCACAAGUGUGUCCACGGGAAGUGCGUGCCCCUCGAUGCCCUUUCCUACAGCUGCCAGUGCCAAGAGGGGUACUCGGGGGCCCUGUGCAACCAGGCCGGGGCCCCCGCAGAGCCGUGUGGGGGCCUGCAGUGCCUGCACGGCCACUGCCAGGCCUUGGCCACCAAGGGGGCGCACUGUGUGUGUGACCCUGGCUUUUCAGGCGAGCUCUGUGAGCAAGAGUCCGAGUGCCGGGGGGACCCUGUCCGGGACUUUCACCAGGUCCAGAGGGGCUAUGCCAUCUGCCAGACCACGCGCCCGCUGUCGUGGGUGGAGUGCCGGGGCUCCUGCCCGGGCCGGGGCUGCUGCCAGGGCCUGCGGCUGAAGCGGAGGAAGUUCACCUUCGAGUGCAGCGACGGGACCUCCUUCGCUGAGGAGGUGGAGAAGCCCACCAAGUGUGGCUGUGCCCUCUGCGCAUAGUGCCCAGUGCCCACGGGGAGGGGGCUGGCGAGAAGCCGGGCCACCAGGAGACCUGGGCUGGGGUCGGGCCAUCGCCAGGCGGCUCCUGGAUGGCUGGACCCUCUUGGGCGGGCUGAGGCCCACCUCUCAGGGGCCAGGCAGCUUUUCUCAAGCCGAACUCGAGCAGCUGGGGGCCAAGCGGGUGGGCGAGGCCUGGCUGCAGACCGCCCUCCCGGAAGUGCCUUGCACAAAGAGGCACUUAAUAAAUACUGUUGAAUGAAUAUGUGCGUGAGGUCAGGCCAAGAAGUGCAGAAUGGUGACACUCCCUCCUUGCCUGCGACCUGGCUCUGAAGAAGGGACUGCCCCUUCCCAACCCAGCCUGUCCCUCGUGUCUGCCGCCCAUGCUGGCCCCAGAACCCCUUGCCCCCUGCAGAGAACCCUGAAGGACUCCCAGCCUGGCUCUGCUGCUUGUGGGCGGGCAGGAGGCCAGGCUGCGGAGGGGAGGGGAAGGGCCCCUCCUGCUGGCCAGGAAGGGACUGACCCUUGCCCCUGGGCUGGUUGGCAGGCAGAGCACCUCAGGAACGAGGCCUGGGGUGGAAGCCGGUCUUCGGAUCAGACCUCUGAAUCCUAAAGUUAUGGGAUGAUCAUUGUAGCUUCGAGGAGGGUACUCAUGUGGAAGAAACGGUCACUGGAACUUCUUGGGGUGGGGGACCCCACCAGAAAGGACAGGGCGUUCUUGGUUCCAGCAGAAUAGACACUGCCACCCACCUUCAGACACUAGCCACCAAAGGGGCCCUGGUCCUGGGCUUCCCCAGCCAUCAGCCUGCUGCUGGCGAGCCACUCUGGGGGGGGGGGGGGGGGAGGUGCGGGCAGGGUGUAGGGGCUUGGGCGAGGCUGCUUGGCCAGGGAGGGUCUCCCCCGGAGGAGCCGGGGUCCAGAGCCCCUCACGCUGCAGACCAGCUGGGAACAGCGGCCCAGGCAUCAGGAACGGCUGGCUGUCGCUCUGGCAGAUUUCUCCGCCGUGGGCCUCAGUCUCCUCCGCUCUCAGAUGGAGAGGUAGGAUGGACGACUCAAGCAGCGGAGGCCCUGCCACUGUGGCUCCAGGAGGGAGGCCCCAGGAGGUAGAAGAUCCAUUUUCAGCAAUUACAUCGAGUAUUUGUGUGCCUGACCGGGGCUGGGUUCUGCCCUCGUGGACACCUGCCGACUGAUCGCCGCGCAUCACAGCGGUGACCAGGGUGCCGGGGAGAGAGGGAGCCCAGCGAGGGCGCCAACCGCAGACACAGCCCGGCCGGAGCUGCUCGCCAGAGGCUUCCACAAGGAAGGACUCGUCUUCGCAGCCACUGAAGAGGGGACUGACUGCGGAUGCUUCUCUUCCCCGCAGAACGACAGCGUAGAGAUGUUCUUUGAGCCUAAAUAGGCAGUUGGCUGGAAGGAAGACAGGCCACUCUCUGGUCCAGAGGUCUCCCCAGGACAGUGUACCCCUGGGGAAUCCGGUGGGCAAGGGGGGGCACACCCUUUUCCUGGCUCCUUCCAUCUGCAGACAGAAGGCAGGGGUGGGGCAGCGUGGGCAGAGUUGGGGUGGCGUGUGCCUGUGUCUGCCACCAUGGUAGCUGGGGGGGGGGACGAGGGCUUUGCUGCUGAGAAGAGGGCAGGAGCCUCCUGUGACGUGGGAGCCUGGCAUGGACAGGAUCUGGCCAGCCAGCAAGUUUGAGUCUGGGGACCCCUAUAAUGGGCAGAGGACCCUCCCAAGUGGGGAGGAGCCAGCCUGGCUGGGUCUGCACCUCACCCGGCCUGGGCUCUCUCUUCCUGUAGCUCCGAGCAAGGCCACCGUGCCCUGCCCGCUGUGGACAGCAGCGUGGGCCUCGCUGCAGAGCAACCCUCUUACCUGGAGUUUCUGGGCGGCCACUGGGGGAAUCUGGAGAAGAGCCAGCACCAGGCUGGGUGGCAGGAAAGUUCCAGUGCAGCUAGUUUGUUCCUUCCAGGGAACAGAGGUGUUCCCCCACCCCCAGCCCUGAGAAGCGGCCCUUCCCCUGCCACUGCCAUUCCUUCCUGCCUUGGAGAAGCAGCUUCCUUGGCUCGAGGGGCCCUGACUGCAGGGGCCUACUUUGCAGAAAGUAGACAGGACGCCUGUAGACAGGUGAUAGCGACCACCCUGCAGGCCCAGCGCCGUGGGGUGGGGAGAGCAGAGGGUGAGCUUGCUGCUGGCCCCACUGGCCCCUCCUCAAUGCCCAGCCCAGCCCAGCCCCACACUCACCCUUGGUGGAGCUGGAAGAUUGGGAGCCACCACAAGGGUGAGGCAGCCAGGAGCUAAGAGAGCCGUGCACCCCACCCCAGGACCAAGUUUCCUCAGCUUAGCCACCCACCUGGGAAGGCCCUGGGUCGCCACGCAUCUUGCCUGCUACCAUCGAGUCCCAGGCGGCUACCACGAAAUCAUCUGUCUGAGAGGUCAUCUCCACACCUCCCCUUUGGUGAAGACCUUCAGUUCACAUCGACGUCGCCAUUGUGUUUCCACUCAACACAAUGAAGCACUGAAGAGACGCAGCAGGGGAGCCCCGAGCCGCCCCGAGUCUGAGGUGGAGAAGGCCGGACUCGUCUCUCUUUGCCUGCUGUUAGCCUAACCACGAAAGUAUCUCUUUAUACAGAAUACUUAACAGAUUCUAAUAUAUAUUUGUAUUUCAUUUUGUUAUAGUAUUUUUAUAUGUUAAAGUCAACAUCCAGUGUCUCGUUUGAUUUGCAGAUGUCUGUGGCUGUGACGUUCGGUUUGGGGGUUUCCGUAGGCUCGUUUGGGUCGCUCUCCUAGAGAGACUGGUUUCGAGCAGGCCCGCGAGGGAGCCACGCCUGCCCUUUGCCUAGAAGUGCUGUCUUAGAACAUGUUGGAUAUUGUCUGUUGUCUUCCACGUGAACAUGACAUUGAUUC